AUGUUUUCACCGCUAGUUCAUCUCACACUGUCCUUACUGUGCUACUCCGUCAGUGCCAUUUGGCCUGACCCUCAGGAGUAUACAACCGGUAGCAAUGUUCUAUGGCUCAGUCCAAAAGUUACCGUUGCCUACAACCGCCUGAAUGUAUCCGAAGCUUCAUCCCCGCAGACGUUCGGCGAUCGAAUAGACGUAAUGGAGGCAGUCAAUCGUACUUUGGAAACAAUCUUGAAGCAAAGCAUUGUUCCCUGGAAAUUCCAUCCUCGUAAUGAAUUAGAAAAAUUUGAGCCGAACCUCGAAGCAUCUCGGACGUAUAUAAAACAUCUCGGUGUCACCCAAACUGGCCAGACCAACUCCAGUGUCAAGGGGCCAAAUGAAGUAGACGAGUCUUAUAAAAUCUCCAUAGCCGAAGACGGACGGAGUGAAAUCUCGGCCGAAACAACCCACGGAAUUUUGCGUGCACUAGAAACAAUGACCCAGCUAUUUUACAAGCAUUCUUCUGAUAAAGGUGUUUAUACAAACCAGGCGCCAAUCAUGGUUGUUGACGCACCAAAGUUUUCUCACCGAGGCCUCAAUAUGGAUGUUGCCAGGAAUUGGUUCCCUGUUAAAGAUAUUCUGCGUACGAUUGACGCACUCUCAAUGAACAAGUUUAAUCGUCUUCAUAUCCAUAUGACAGAUUCGCAGUCGUGGCCAAUAGAAAUUCCUAGCAUGCCUGAUUUGACAAAAAAAGGUUCCUACGCCACUGGUCUAUCGUAUUCUCCCGAAAAUAUUGCAACUAUACACAAAUACGGUCUCCAGCGUGGUGUACAGGUUAUCCUGGAAUUUGAUAUGCCCGGUCACACAGCAUCAAUUGCCUAUGCAUACCCAAACUUAAUUGCUGGGUUUCGAGCGGUACCAUGGAGUACUUACUGUGCCGAACCUCCUUGCGGCUCCUUGAAGCUGAAUUCGAAGCCGGUGGACGAGUUUGUUUCAAAACUCAUGGCCGAUGUUCUACCACGAAUUUCUCCCCACGCCUCAUACUUCCAUACCGGUGGUGACGAAGUCAAUAAGCAAGUAUAUCUAUUAGAUGAGACGGUUGGCUCCAACGAAACUUCUGUUAUUCAACCAUUCCUCCAAAAAUUCGUUGACCGUGUUCAUAAUCAGGUUCGUGCGGCUGGUCUCACACCAAUAGUAUGGGAGGAAAUGGCACUAGACUGGAAUCUUACCCUUCACUCUGAUGUCGUAGUUCAAACGUGGCUCAGUGAUAAAUCUACCUCAGCCGUGACAGCCAAGGGGCACAAAGUUAUAACUGGGAACUAUGAUGCCUGGUACCUUGAUUGUGGUAAGGGACAAUGGAUCGAUUUUGAAAAUGGAGCUUCGUACCAGCAUUAUUAUCCUUUCAAAGAUUAUUGUGAUCCUGUCAAGAAUUGGCGACUAGUAUACUCAUUUAACCCUCUUUCUGGUGUACCAAAAGAACAACAGCACUUGGUUCUUGGCGGUGAAGUGCAUAUUUGGUCAGAGCAAACUGACCCUGUCAACCUUGAUGAUAUGGUAUGGCCUCGCGCAUCGGCCGCAGGUGAGGUUCUAUGGAGCGGAAGGGAAGACUGUAAUGGGCAGAAUCGCAGCCAGAUUACAGCGUCCCCGCGAUUAUCCGAGAUGCGAGAGAGGAUGGUUCUCCGUGGAAUUACUCCCGGGCCCGUACAAAUGGUUUACUGUACACAGAUGGGGGAUGCUGAAUGCUCGUUGUAG